ACAGAGUCUAGUUGAUCCGUGAUAUCAAAACACACCUCUGUAGAUCUCCUCGGAAAUUUGGAAUUGUUGAUAAGGGAAACUUGCUUGUAUUGGCUUCUAUUUUGUUUGAUAGUGUGAGUUUUGAUAUAAGUUACCUGCAGUUGAUGAGUGAUUUUACUGUAACAGACCAACAGAUAAGAUAAGCAGGAAUGGCACCUACUCUGGAAGGGUUGGCUCAGUGCUUGAUACAUAGUAUUUUUUAUAAUUUUCCCCAUCAAUUUCGUUCGAUACGUGUCUUGUUUGUGUGACUCGGUAGCCCACCCGUUCGCUUCUUAGUCGCAAUGAGAUGUUCCUCGUGACUCGAACAAAGUGCUACGGAAAGCCGUUGAAGCAGAUAUUCUACCGUGCAAGCGCUUAGUUCAAGGAUCUCAACAUAAAACAGUGAGUUGUGAUUUGUGUUCGAAAGCAGGAGAGUGAUCCGUUCGAUUAUCCUCAAAGAUGAAAAUGGCCGUAAAUGCAGUGUCAGCUAAUGAUCCGUCCGAUUCGAAUAAUAAUAAUUUAGCAGUUAGUAGUGUCAAUGCGACGACAGUUAGCCUUAGUGUCAGUGUGUCUACGAUCGCGAAUGGAAACUCUGGAGUAGGAUUGCUGAAGAUGGAAACCAGAGACUCGAACGACAGCACGUCCAAAAUCGAAACGGGAUCACCUGAGCAUCUAUCGCACCCACCACAAGCUCACACUCCUCAGGCACAUCAUCAACAGCAGCAGCAUCAGCAGCAACAGCAGCAGCAAUCACAACAUCACCACCAAUCACAGCAACAACAACCCCAAUUGCAAGAAGCCGAAGUCCAGGAGAUAAUAGUACCUGCUGAGAUGACAAUCAACGAUGGACAAUCUCCAGCAUUACCUACGGCAGUGAUCAUCAAUCAGCACAAACACCGGAUGAUAACCACUAGUGGAGAAAUCGCAGAAACGCAUGAUGGACAUCCCGAUUCUGGCGACUACGAAUCAGUUGAAUAUCAUCAAGCAGUUACGACUGUUACCGCAGCUCCAGGGCAUGCCUUCACCUACGAGCAGUCCCCAACUAGCCAGAGUAACAGUGUGGCGGCGUCGUCUCCUGUUCCUCAAUACGUGAAGCGAGAAUCUAGCAUGGAAAAGGAAAGACUAGUCAGCGCGGAAGCAAAUGCACAAAUGCCCGUUCAACAAACGAUCUACGUUGAAUACAAAAAUGAAGUAGAAGAACCCAUUCGUUACGGAUCAACUCCACUUGUACGAUAUGAAGAACUAAAAUAUCAUCCUCGCUAUGUCCACUACCAGCAACCCCAUCCGAGUCUAUCUCUACCUCCACACCCACAUCACCCUCACCACCAUCCACAUCAUUCACACGUGCAGUCAGCUCCACAACAGCAGCACCAGCACCAGCAACAGCAUCCCUCGCAACAAGAAGUGGAUACCACCAUCAAGUCAGAACAUCUGGACCAUCAUCAUCACCAACAACAGCAACAACAUGCCCAGGCACAGAUCCAUCAACAUCACCAGGCGGCGGUUCAGUCGCAACAACAUCAACCUCACCCGCAUACCAUUCAGAUCUAUGAAGCUCAGGAGGCAGCUCAACAGGGUGAAGUUCAAGCAUCCUCUGAAGCUUCCGGUAGCGACGUCAAGACACACUACACCAAUCUGGAACCGGUUCAUUCGUUGUCUUCCUCACAGAACUACUACAUCGCUCCCGAGGGCUAUCAAACACCUGCCAAUUAUCCAUACAUUCCAUCUAAGGAUACGGUUUACUACCAUUCCGCUAGCCCUAAUACGGUACUCUACAAAAGCAGUGACCCAACGCUCACGUCUUCCUCGAUCAUAUCUGCUAAGCAGAUUCACUACAGCUCACAAAAUUUGUAUGAAAGUGCACCUACGCAUAACAGUGGAUCCCCUGGAGCACAGCAGAUUUAUCCGUACUGGAAUGGAAACAUCGACUACAGUACGACUUUUGGCAGCGCUGUCGUUAUGGAUCAAACGCCAUCGGGUGCCACGGAGUAUGCAAGCAAUGGGCAACCUUGGCAGAUUAGUGGAUUGAGUGAUGCAUACGAAACGUCCAUUUUGCCACCAUCCGAACACCGAGAAUGCGUCAAUUGUGGCAGUUCAGACACACCGCUCUGGCGAAGGGAUAAUGUUGGGCAUACACUGUGUAACGCAUGCGCCCUGUACAACCGGCAGAAUCCGGGAACCAACAGGCCUCCGAAUCGAAGUCAGAAAGCGAAACAGCCGCCCAAAACACCGGUACCUGGUAACCGUCGGACAGGAGUAACGUGCGCCAACUGUCAGACAACGACCACCACGCUUUGGCGCCGCAACAACCGAGGUGAACCGGUUUGCAAUGCAUGCGGGCUGUACCACAAGCUGCACAACGUGGAUCGACCACUGACCAUGAAGAAAGAUGGCAUUCAAACGCGAAAACGGAAACCUAAAUCUAGUCAAUCGAUGCAGUCGCUGAAUGGACUUGGAACUGAAAAACUUCUUCCCUCAAUGAUCCAGUCAUCAAUGCAUCCCGGCGGUGGUGGCCCUGGAGCUCAGAAACUAUUGAUGGUACCGCACAGCCACAUGGCGGUGGUUUCCUCCCAGGCAAUGGAAAUACACACGAACCAUGCCAUCACCUCAUCCUCGGGACCCACACAAGACCAAAGAUACGUUGAUAGCACAUCGACGGCAAGCAGUAUGCCAACUCACCUUUCCAAUAGUACCAAUUUGACUCGGCAUGUCCCUACCAGUAUUCCAUCAUCGCUCGAUACGAGUCGAGCACCCAAUGGAGAAAUCACCAGUGUCAUUACAAGUACGGCGGUAGCUGAACGAGCCAGUAAUUGAAGUAAUUGUUAUGCUUAGUUUUAGAAGUACUUAGACAAGCCAAAAAUCUAGAUUGCGUAAGGUUAGGAUUGGGAUCAACGUCAAGUUUAGUGAAAUGUAGAGUACUAAUUUUCAGAACUGUAAAUAAUAUGUAAGAAUGUUUGUGAAAAAGUAAUAUA